AGAACCAAGCACUUCAAAGUAGGGGUGGCAGAACGGUUUUCGGUUAGCAGUUAACCGGACGGUUUCAAUCGAACCGACCGGUUUUCGGCUAACCGAAAAACCGUUUCUGCAUGCAUCGGUCGGUUGGCGGUAGAGAUGGGAAGAGGUUCGGCUAGCCGACUAACCGGGGUCGGAAACCGGCUAACCGACCCCUUCCCUUUCCCCAAAACGACCCCGCUUCAAUCCUCCUCCUUCCUAACCCUAAGUCGACUCGCUCCUCCUCUCAAAUCAUUCAACUUCCGCCGCUCAGCAUUAUUUUGGACGAACAACUGGUCCAAGUUGGAGAGCCACAGGCGCUGGGGCGAUGAAGGAGUCCCUGAGCCAGGCCCUCGUCGCCUUCUUCCCGGCGGCGGGGAGAUUGGCCCGAGAUGAAUCCGGCAGAUUCGAAAUCGACUGCGGUGGCCAAGGCGUCCUUUACUUCUUUUCAUGGAGGCCGAAAUCGGACCAACUGGUGGAGACACUAGCGGCGGCGUUUAAGUUCCCGCCGUCGUCGGUGGCGGUGGGGGUCAGGAGGGAGCGGUGAGGUGUCGGAGAGUGUAGGAGCGUCGAGGAGGUCGAGCCGGAGGAUGACGGGGACGUCACCGGGAAGAAACGGGGGCAUCGCCGGGAAGAAACGGCGGCAAGAACAUGCAUAUCCGCAAGUCCCGAACUCGAAGUGCGCAGAUGAAGUUCGAAGAAGGUGAGAGGAAGAAGUGGAUGGGUGAGAGGAAGAAGGUGAGAGAAGAAGUGGUUUGGUGAGAGGAAGAGAAGGAGAGAGAAGAGAAGUGGUCUGGUCUCUGGUGGAGGAAGGAAGAAGAGAGGAGGAGCCGAGGAGAUAAGUUUGGAGAUGAGUGGUCCGGAAUUUUUGUUUUCUUAUUAUUUUUUAUAUAGAAAAGGUAGUUUUUCGGUUGGCCGGCUAACCGAGCCUAAAACCGAAAUCGACCGGUCGAUUGGCCGGCUAACCGUGACCUAUCUCACUGUCGGUGGUCGACAUUUGUUGGUGGUGGCUCGGUUUAACCGAUAACCGGGGUUUUGGUUUAAUCGAUAACCGGGUUUUCGGUUUAACCGAUAACCGGGUUUUCGGUUUUCGGUUAAACCGAUAACCGACCGACUGCCACCCCUACUUCAAAGUAGUGUGUCUCUAGCUACUUUUCUUUCCUUUAAAUUUCAAUAGAUCAAAUUAACCUACAUUUUAAGU